AUGCUCCCGGCCAAGGAUCUGGGGCCCGAGGUGUGGCAGGCUGGGGUCGACUGCCUGGACAGGUUUGCCCAGAUCUUUUUUUACCGAAAGCCUGCAGAGCGCUUCACCCGAGCCUACAACCUCAUGACGACCCACGCCUUCAACUUGUCCACUCCAGCGGAUGAGAUACAGCAGGGAUUCGCGAAGCGGAUAAACGAAGCUGUCACAGAUCCUACUGAGCCUCGGAGGCAGGAGCUUUUCCAGCUCAGAGUGGUCACCGAUCACGGUGGCAAUGUAAAGAGCAAGAACUUCGGGGAACUGCUCCUGGUGGACAACUACGUGCUCAUUGUGGACUCUGUGGAGAGGCUGCUCAGUCUCAUGAGUCGCUAUGUGAGCCGGAUGCGCUCCUGGAAUCCAGGUGCUCGAGUCCUGGUGCUGUUUCACAAUGCCCAGGUGCACAAUCGCCCUUGGACCGUGGCAUCCCAGAUUUUCAACGAACUGAUGCAUAGCUUCUACGUGCACCGGGUGGCCCUGCUUUACGCCAACUCCUCCAUGGACUACAAUCUCCUGGUGAACGACUACUACAAUAAUGAGAACUGCCGGGUACUGAAUGUCCAGAGUGUGGGUCAGUGCCACGACGGAGAGCUGUAUCCGAGUCCGACCGCCGUUCAUGCCGCCAUGUUGGACUAUGUGGCGGGAUUCAGUCCCAAGAACUGCACUUUCUACGUGUGUGCUUCCGUUUCGGCACCAUUUGUGGAAGAGGAUUGCGUUGUGGGUCUGGAGAUGAGGAUUCUGGGAUUCAUGAAGAAUCGAUUAGAUUUUAAGGUUAACCAAACCUGCAGCUUGGAAUCCCGAGGAGAACUGGAUGCCAAUGGCGAUUGGAACGGAUUGCUAAGCAAGGUGAUUGACAACGAGUGUGACUUUAUAGUAGGGGGAUUCUAUCCGGACAACGAGGUGGCCGACUUCUUCUGGGGCACCGACACCUACCUGGAGGACGCCCACACCUGGUACAUCAAGGAGGCGGAACGGCGACCCGCCUGGCAGGCCAUGGUGGGAAUCUUCGAGCCCUACACCUGGCUCUGCUUUCUCCUGGUCUUGCUGCUCACCUGGCUCUUUUGGUUCGCUCUGGUCAAGAUCCUGCCGGAGCCCAAUUACUACCAGCAGUUGAGUCUGACGGGGAUCAACGCCUUGGCCGUGACCAUCUCAGUGGCCGUCCAGGAGCGUCCAGUUUGCGAGGCCACCAAAGUGUUCUUCAUAGCCCUCACCCUCUACAGCCUGAAUGUGGUGGCCACCUACACGUCCAAGAUGAUAGCCACCUUCCAGGACCCCGGCUACCUGCAUCAGCUGGACGAACUGACCGAGGUGGUGGCCGAGGGCAUACCUUACGGUGGCCACGAGGAGAGCCGUGAUUGGUUCGAGAACGACGACGACAUGUGGAUCUUCAACGGGUACAACACCUCGCCGGAGUUCAUUCCUAGAACGGACAACCUAGUGGCCGUGAAGAACGGAGAACGCUGCAUCCUGAGCAACAGGAUGUACACGAUGCAGAGUGCCCUGGGAGACGACAUUUACGCCUUUCCCCAGAACGUCUUCUCCAGUCCCCUGCAGAUGAUCAUGAAGGCCGGCUUCCCGUUCAUCUUUGAGCUGAACACCAUCAUCCGAAUGAUGCGGGAUGUGGGAAUCUUUCAGAAGAUCGACAAGGACUUUCGGUACAACAACACCUACUUGAACAGGAUAGCCAAGAUGCGGCCAAACUUUGCUGAUAAUGCCAUUGUCCUGACCACGGAGCAUCUGAAGGGGCCCUUUUUCAUCCUCAUAGUGGGGGUCUUUUGUGCGGCACUCACAUUUUUCGGCGAGCUAAUGAUCCGGAAUUGGCGCUGCCAGCUGGUCAGCACGAGGAAGGGGCAGAAGCCGAGGGCCCCUAAGCAGCAGGCCAGAAGGAGGAAAGGACGAGCACGAGGACGAGGACGAGGGCAGUUGGGAGAAUGGCAGCGACAAGUUCAAGUGACUCCAGUCAUACGAUUUACGCCAGUCAAACGACGCAAAGUUUUCCAGUGA